AUGGAGACCAAACCCACCCCCGCGGAGCUCCUCUUCGCUGCCAAUGCACGAGAUGAGCUCCCCAAGGACCAAGAGACCCUUGACGUCUACGGCUUUGCCCGUUGCCGCUCGCUGACCGAUGUCGUCCCUCUCUACAACAUGUACGACAUCCUCUUCAAGUCCAGCGGUAUCACCCCUCAGACUCUCCACCAGUGGCGCUCCGACACCAUCCCGAACUUCAUCGGCAAUCUCAAGCGUGAGCUGCGCAGCAAGAACACCAGGGCGGCCGCACACUGCUACUCCUGGCUCGUCCUCAACCAACGCGUCUUCGGCUUUGACCCCACUGGCGCAAUAACUGCUGCCGGCACUCAGACUACAAAGUCCAUGUCGUUUCCCGAGAUCGACGCUUACAUGAAGAACCGAUGCCCAGACCGAAAGCGAUACGAGGAGAUGAUGACCCAGACCAUUCUCAACGAUCCAAGCGUCAAGCGAGCAAUUGAGACUGGCAAGCUGAAUGUCGCCGCCCAGGUGAAGGAACUCGCAGACUUGGUUUAUGGCAACACCUCGUCCGACCCUGCCGGCAAUACCAAUGGAAGCGACAAACCGGUGUCCCUGGCGGGCACCACAACGGAGAUCCUCUUCAAGGAUGUUGCCGCCAACCGGGACCCUACCGACCCGCAAACGCUGACCGACUACGGCUUCCGCCGCUGCCACUUCGAAUUCGAGCGCCUCAAGCUGCUCAAGAUCUACGGCCAGCUUACCAAGACUUGUGGCAUCUCCGAGAUGACUGUGCACAAGUGGAUGAAGGAGGGCCAGAAGAGCUUGGGUCUACAGGUGAAGGCGGCCUUGGCCAGCAAUAAGAAGGUCCCCGCCAGUCUCGUCGCCUUCGCCAACGACAAUCAGUGGGUCUGGGACCACGAGGAUGCUGAGGGCGAGAUUCGCUCCCUCUGGUCCACCCCUGACCUGGAGCAGAGAUUCAAGAAGCUGCUGAAUCAGGUCAGACUCAUGGACGCUUGA